CGGGUGCGGCAACGCUCGAUGGCCUUGGCCCCUGGCCCCACUCAGCGGCUCGGGUCGCCAAGAUUAACUGGAGGGCCCUUGCCUAGGACAAUAAAUAGGAAGGAAAGAAUACGACUACCGUAUCCCGAACUUUUUUUCCAAGAUUCGCGAUUCUACACAUCGUGCAAGACGACGAAGGCGGAUUACGGCUCUUCUUGUUCCGUGGGUCUGGUUUCGGUUUUCCUGACUGGUUGUUGGAAGUGGCAGGAGGAGUGUCUGAAGGAACAUUUGAGUUCAACAGCCACCUUUUGUCAAGGUAGUGGCGUGAAUCGUCUUACAUUACUAUUGAUACUGAUUUCAAGAGGCACCGUCAGCCAACUACAAUCUGUGGGAUUCGUCUGAAACGCAACGCAUCGUAGGCAAGACAACAGAAGCCACUGGCACUCUGCAAAGCAACGAUCGACUCCAGUAUUGUGUGAAAGGACUGCAAGACUCUUAAAAGUCGGAUAUAUCAAGAAACCGACGUGGCUUUUAUCUGCAGUGUUAAUUUGAUAUCCAUAUGACAGUUAUGAAUAAGUAUAAGUGGUGUGUGGCCGCGUCGCUCGUCGUCAUUGUGCUUCUGACCUGCUCUGCAGCCGCGGCUCCAAGUGGCUGCAAGAUCAACGAUGAAGACGACGAUUACGCCAAGCAGGUGAAGAGCGGCGACGGCUACAGUCAGCUGAGCGACUGUCGCAUGGUGGCCGACGAAAAUGGCUGCCUCCGCUGCCGCUGCCCGACGGCCUGCCCGUCGAUUUACUGCGGCCUUCGCUGCCGCAGGGUCCUCAGAGCGGGGGCCUGCCCCUACUGCGACUGCAGACGCGGCAAGCAGGUCUACGUGUUGGGCAAAAAACCCAACGGUAGCCGUUAGGCCUCGUCUUUUGUUGGAACCAUCGCGACCGUUAGCACUGUACUCAUACUUGGAAAUUGAUUAAAUUGCGGUAAUUCAAUUAAAGUUUUCUAAGUAGGUCCUGAUUCAAUUAUAUAUCUUUGCAAUUGCUGUUUACUAAGAAGUUCUUCGAUUCUUUUGUUUUGUAUUAUUACAACUGCAUUUCCAACAAUUUUGCAACUCUGUAACUUAGCGUAACUGUAAAGAGAGCAUGCCCAAGGCGCACGCGUCACCCCGUGCUCUUCUGUACUUCAAACUCGGGUUGCUAUGUGCUUUUGGAGCAAGUGAUCACAAUACUAGUAAUUGAGUCAAUUUAACCAAGAGUGGUUCAAAUUCAUUGAUAUUUUAGGGGUUUGUUCAUGUUUUGCAGAUCGUCCUAUAUACUUAGCAAAGCGAACUCGUGCAUUGAUUGAAUUAUUGAAUUUCUCGUAAUAACGAGAUGGCAAUGCCCCAGAUGUACAGGCUGUGACACGGUUAUCCUGU